AUGGAGACGUGGUACUCCUGCAUGCACACACCCCACGAGCCCAUGUCAGCGCCGCCGCUGGCCGUGCUGGAGCGAGGCGCGUCGAGAACAGAUGUAUCGAGUAGUGUGACCAUCCCGUCGAGCAUCCUGCUCUCUGACGCAUCAGUAUCGCCAGGAAUAGGGGUGGAUGUGCCUUUACUGCAGGAAGACUUGUCGGAGCCCGAAUUUCCUGCGCAGGCCAGCGAGCCUAGUGCGAUGCUGUAUACGAUGCCGGCCAAGGACCAGAUCCAACUGCCUCUCAAGCUGGGCGUGCCAGUUCUUGAUACGCGAACCAAUCCCUAUGUGGACCUUGCGACGCAUUUGCGUCGGCAUGGCAUGAACGCCGAGGCGCGUGAGUUUGCACGCUCUCAAGUCACUUGUGAGUUUGUACUGCAUGCGUUCCUCACGAUGCACAAGCCGUCUACGACGCCGAGCGAGGACACUGCUGAGCGAGCGAGCAAGGCGGGAGAGGAUGUGGCGCGUGCUCUUGAGCAGUGUUUCCAGCUGAGUUUGCCCAGUGUGCAUGAACAACUGCGUCAUGCUGCGAUGGGGAUGUCGAUGCCGCCGGGCCAUGCCAUUCUUCCGUCGGCGCUACGUCUUGCAUGGACGCGAACGGGACCGUACGACAAGACACAGAGCGUGCCGGUGCUACCAACCCAUGUCCUUGCGUUGGGCCGGCACGUCCAAAGCGUCAAGGAUACGCAGGGCGCUGAGCAUACGCUGGCCGUGACGCCCUGUGUGUUGGUGCCAGUGCACUGGAUUGUGUACGUCCUGCAAUGUGCGCAUAUGCCUACUGCUAUAUCCUUCAGCUCGGCGCAGGGGGGCACGCUGCCCGUUGUGCCUAUGGCCAUGCCGUACCCCAAGCUGUGGUCCCACAUGCACUUGUGGCUCUACACGCGCGACCCGAGCAAGCUGCUGGCCAGUCUGCUCCCGCUCGCAUCGAUGCUGCAUAUGGUGCAUGGCACGUCGCUCGAUGGCCUUCCAUUCUCUGCGAUCAUCGAUGUGCUCGCAUGCCACGGGGAUGGGACUUGGUCGUAG